CAAAUAUAGCUGAGAAAUUAAUGUAGUCAAGUACAUAGAUCAAAGCAAAUUGAAUCACUCAUUGAAUUUGACACAUUAGAUACAAUACUUCCCAUGGGCAUUAACACAACAAACAGCCAAAAUGGUAAACUUGUAUAUAAAUUUGACAAACGAAACGUGGAGUCUGACUUCUGAGCAUGAUAAGAAUAGAGGAAUAGUUCUCUUGGUUGAAUUCUUUUUUGUGAAUAGCAUGUUGUAGCCACCUGUUGGUCUUCUCGCGUUGUUAUUAUCAAGUUUAUCAAAAAAAUUUAUAUAUUGUUUAAACAAUUAGUAUUGAUAACUGUUAAUAAAUUCUUGUUUAAAAAUAAAACAUAAGAAAAUGAGUGGAGUUUUAAGAAAUACAUUGCGUCUUGUUGGCACAACAAAAUGUGCUCCAAUUAAUUCAACAAAAUAUCUACGAUCUAUGACACUAACGACUAGUCGAAUUGAUUCAUCAUUAUUACUUGAAUCAAAUCCUCUCCACCAUCAUGAAUCAGAAAGAUCACGCGAUACUCAAGCUAUCCAAAAUUCAACUAGUGUUUGGUCAACCAUACGGGCUGCUGGAAAGAACUUAUUAUUAUCAAUAUUUGAAAAUGAAGAAAUAAAAACAUUAAAUAUUAAGAGUUUUACGGUAUCACUUGAUAGUGGUAAUAUAGGAUUAAUAACACCAAAAAUUUUCUUUGGAAGAAAAGAUUUAAUUUUUCCUCCCACAUUCAGCUUUGAAUUAAACGAAAAAUCAAUUGAACCUAAAAGCAAUAAAAUUUUUGCUGGAGAGAAAAAAACAUCAUUUAAAUUAGAUAAUUGGUAUGGAUCACUUGAUGGUGGAAAAUUAACAUUAAAAUUAAAAAAUAGUAAUGAAACUUUUAUUUUGAAACACACAGUUCACGUUAAAGCUCACAAUAACUCACCACCAUAUUCAGAAGUUGAUGGUUUAUCAUUCAAAUCACCAAAACUUGAUUCUGAUGUUAGAAUUUAUUCCGCUAAAAUAAUAUCACAACAAGCUGGGUUGCCACCUAAAAUGCGGACUUACACACCUAUAGGUAGUCAAAUCCCUGUGGAAGAACUUCUAAAUUACGGACAUAAUGACGUAUCAGAUGAACCAUUAACAGAAAGUAAUGGCCAAGUAACUGAUUGUCCAGAUAAGUACGGAAAAAUGAAACUGAAAUUUCCAAUGACUGCGGUACUUGAAGGAAGUCAACAAAAAAUAAAAAUAAAAGAUACUGAUGAUGAUUGAGAUUGAAGCUUACAAAGAACCUGCUGAAACUGUAACAAAUUUCGUUUCGAACACAGGAGGAAAUAGAUUAUCAAAAAAUGGUUUACUUCACAUGCAACUUAGUAGCGG